AUGAAUUCACCAGCUAACGCUAACACCUUACUCUUAAAAACCUCAGAGAUGAGUAAUUGGUCAACAUCGGAUCUGUGUUCGUUUUUUUGUGCCUCAAGAAAAUGCAACGGUCCAGAAUUAAGACAUUGCAGUGCUUGGGUAUUAUUUCAAAUAGGCUUUUCAGGCUACGAGUUAUAUGCAGCAAUAGAAAGUGAGGAUAAUUCCGUGAUAGAAAAAUUGGUAACUACCUACGGACUCUCACAAUAUUUUCAUUUAGAAUUUAUUAGAAUAAUUAGUUGGGCACGAAAAUUAGACAAACAUGGUUCCUAUGAAAUAGAACGAGUAGAUUUUUCACAACGUAUUGGUGCUACUUUUAUUCAUGACAAAAGGUCUAUCUUUCAAAUCUUUAAGGAAUCUUUGGAGCUCUGGACUGAAAAGAUUAAAGAUGAAUCAAGUAAGCAAAAAGCACUUUUGAAAGACUACUUUAAAAAUGUUUUUCUACCAGAUAGAUUUGAAGCAUUUAGACGAAAUGAUUAUGCUGGAUGGACAGGUCAUUUUGAUCCAUUUAGGCAUCCUGAAAAUAAGGGUGAUCAUCUAAGAGAAGCUCUUUCAAGAAAUUGUAAAGUGGGGAAGGGAGAUCAGCUGUUCACCAUUCUUCAUUUAAUUGAUAUUUCGACCAGUGGAAAAACCUUUUCGAUUUUUAAUCUUGCUCAUACUUCCACUGAAGAUGUUGACCGAUUUUUUGUUAUUUAUCUUUAUCCAAAUACUAAAUUAUUUGAUGCUUUAGUUCGUAGUUUACCUGAGGUUAGUGCAGAAGUUGCUGUUGGAUUGUUUUGUUUGGCAAAUCAUAUUUUACUCGACCUUUUGUUACACAAUUAUUCAAAUCUUAAUCCCUUACAGUUUUUCAAACUUCUUUUAAAUGAUUUAAAAUCUGAAAAAACAACUUUAAGCCAAUCCAUCAGAAAUUGCUUAUCAACAAUUAUUAGUAACAAGGAAGAUAGCUCAAGGAAACGAUUGGAUAGAAUAUUUUCUAAUGAAGAAACAAGGGAGGAAAUCAAAGAAACUAUUUUCAAUUUGUUGUUUGGAGAAAAAUACAUUGUGCCUCAAGAUUCACUUUUAAACAACAUUGUUGGAAAGGCAUUCAUCGAGACAGCCUUUGCACAUGUGGUUCAGGUUGUCCUCUCAGUUCAAGCAAGUGACAGCUAUCAAGCCAAACCUCCAGUCGUCGUUGUUGACAAGUAUCAUAAGCCAAAGCAUUGUAAGAGAAAAUGCUUAAAGCACAAGUGGAUUAAGAAGUGUUUAAAACACAAACUCGUUGGUCAAAAGAAAGUCUGUGAUCAAUAUGCCAUUGUCGGUGCUGGUAAAUGUCUCAAACAUAAGAAAUAUUCCAAAUGUGACAAGUAUAGCAAGCCAACAAAGAAGUGUGUCUUGCAUGCAUACAAGAUUGUUGGUUGUGCCAAGAAGAAGUACUGGAAAGUUUGUGAUUCUUAUGGAACUAAGAAGAUUUGCAUCAAGAAGGGUUACAAGAAAUACUGUGCCAAACACAAGAUUAUCAACAAGUGUUUCAAGAAGGGAUACAAGAAGGUCUGUAAGAAAUUCAAGAAGGUUCCAAUCAAAAAAUGUGAAAAGAAGAAGGUUUGCGACAAGUACACUGUUGAUUCCUACAAUAAGAAGGUUUCCAAAUGUAGAUAUGUUAAAAAGUGUAAGAUUGUUUCAUGGGCAAAGAAAUGUGCCAAGUAUAAGAAGGUUAAAUACUGUAAGGAAAGAAAAUCAGUUAAGAAAUGUUGUCUCAUUAAGAAGAAAUUCUUCUGUGCCAAACAUAAGAUUAUCAAGUUCUGUAAGCACAAGAAGACUCUUUCUAAAUGUGUCAAAUAUCAAAAGAAGAAGUAUUGUGCCAAGACAAUUGUCAUUCCUCCAAGAUGUAUCAAGAAGAAGUAUUAUAAGAAGUGCUUGAAACGUUCAAAGGGAAAGAAGAUUUGUAAGAAAUUUAAAUUAGUUGGUGGAAAGAAGAAGUGUUGCAAGUCAAUCAAGAAGAAGAUUUGUAUCAAGAGAAAGACAUGUAAGAAGUCAUCAAAGCCAAUCAUCAAACCAUCUUUGUAA